AUGGACCUGGUAUAUGGAUCCGAGAUAAGCUUUGGGGACGGGUUUUCCAUCAAACCGUCAAGAACAUUAUCAGUCAAUACUAAUGCUCCACUUCAUUCAAACAUAUUCGAAGCAAAACCAUCAGGAGGUGUCGCCACGUUCCCGCACAGUUCACACUACGCUGAUAGGGUAUUCUUAUGGCGUGCUGUCGGUCAAAAGCUUUACAUCGAAGAACGUUCCUUGCUCUUCUCGAUUGCUGAUGGAUCUCUCUGCAUUGACUUCACUCGCACUUCCAUUAUUCCUGGAACCUCUAUCACGAUCUUCGAGGAAGGUGUUUUGUGUAUUGUAGUUCCAACCGCGUCUGCCAUUCAUCGCUUUUAUGCAAAACUUCUUUCAAAAGGACGGGAUACGUUCUCAAUUCUGGCUAGAAUCAAAGAAGAAGAGGAUUUCCGCCGCUAUCAGACUUGCCACGUUCUCACUACUCAAGGUCGUCCGAUUCGAGCAAGCGUCACUCAUCAUCCAACCAAAAAUACAGUCAGUUAUUGCACUGCCGAAGGGCAAUUGGUUGUGGUAGUUCUUGGAUCAUACACAGAGCCAGGAGACAAGCAUGAAGAGUUCACGAUCGGAGAAGUUGGACUCCUAGGCAAACUACUGGGUGGAACAGAUAGACGCGUUAGUGAUGCUUGUGUGAUGAAGAAUCUUCGUCCGGUUGGUGGAGUUUCCAAAGAGAGGAAAGUUUCUGUCCAGGCCGAUAUCGUAUUCGCUGUAACAAGAGAUGGAUGGGUACAAGCAUGGAACGUGGAAACAAGAAAGCAACUGGCGAGCACUAUCGACUUGAACAAGUUUUUUGCUUCAGAUGGCAAAAGUUUCAAUUAUCAGGAUCCGUCCGAUGAUAUUGAUGGACCAUUAGAGCAAGAGCCAGCAGAGCUGUCCUAUUCUAUCAAGGCUUAUUCAUUUGAUGUGGAUAUGCUUUUAAUUGUGGGAUGUGAAGUUCGGAUCGGAGGAAAAAGCGUCGGAACGAGAGUUCACAUUUUGAAAAUGUCAGACGAUCAACUGCAGCAUAUGCAAAUGUUUGAGACAAACAUGUCAGCAGACGAGCGACUUGAGGAUUUCGAGCUCAUUCAAAACUAUUUUCCACCGAAUGAAGCAGAUGAACUAGAUACUACCCAAGAAUUUGAAGACUACAACCCUCGAACUGCAGCACAAUUCUCUUUGACUGCUUUGUUCAAGAGUUCGUCUGCCAAGAAAAACUACUCAAUGAAGAGAGUCUCAUUCGCAAUCCAGUGGAAAGCUGGAAAGGUUUUCACAGAAUUUGACUGGCACCCUGUACGCCAGUUCACUUCUGCAGCAACAAAGAAGGGGGAACCAUUCGCAGAUGACGGAAAUUCGGCACCCGAACGACCUUAUAAUCUUUCUGCAGAUUCCAAUGUAGAAACUCUAGUUGACGUUAUUUUCGAUACGGAUGUGUAUUCAUUCGAUAUCGUUCUCCGCGCUAUUCAAGUUAGUUCUAUUGUCUCGGAAAACUUCCGUGGAGCAUUGACCCAGAUACGCCACAACCAUUGGGCAGAGCUGGCGAAAGUUGUGGAUGCAUACCUAAUUUCAGUCGAAUUCAAUCGCAAGUUUCAACUGAAAACCGAUAGAAGUAUUCGAUUGAGAUUGAACGCUCCUCAAGAGUCUCAAACUACAGCAGUUAAAGACUUCUGGUGGGCUCUGCUUCGGGCGUGUGAAGAGCUGGACUUCGCUGCUCGCGGAACUAUUGCUCUGUCUCCAAUGCAACUUGCUGGUGAUCUAAAGAUCAUGACAGUUAUUCACAAGGAUAGAUUUACUAUUCUCGGAGAUAACAAUAUCGAUUUUCUCAACAUCAUUAGCACUGAAAACAUUCCAAAGCCAGGACAUGUGGAAGAGAAGUUCAGAAAAAUUCCAAACAAGCUAUUCGUUGAUCUGAUUGAUGAGGCAGCGAAGUUUGCCGAUAGACGGGUCUACCUAAUGAACAAGGAAAGAGCAAGGCUGACAAACGCCAAACAUGGUGUUACAGUAGUCGAUGACGAUAUACUGGAAAAUGCAUACGAUUAUGAUUCAGACGGAAGAUUUAUACAGAUCAAGUCCGCGCUCGAAAAUUCGAUAGUCAUGCUCACAACUGCUUUUGUGGAAGCAUCGACUUUUGACAAUGGGAAACCAUUUGAAGAUCCAUGUGCUCAUGUUUUUGGAGGAAGUUUCUCCCAGAGUCUGGUGUCUGCGAACAUUCGCAAAUCAGUCGAGUCUCGUGUACACUUUGCACUGACACUUCAAGCCCUACUUAACGCUAUCACUGAGCAAAAAUCUCGAGCUGGUGUUCCAUCGUUUGGAGAUGUGGAGGCUCUGUCUUGCGAACUGAGAGAAAUAAUCCGCGUAUACAGAGAACUGAACGAGCAACUUGAUCUGAAAAUUCUAAAAAACGGAGCAAAAAUGAGUAUUGGUACUUGGUUGACAUCAGAUAACGACGGACUCGCAAUGAUGAAACGUGAGGGAGGUUAUGGUCCGAAUGGCUAUGAUGAGAUUCGUGAAAGUGAUUUCAAUUGGUUCGUUGGUGUUACUACCGAAUCAGCUGUUCGAGCGCUGCUCUCUUCAUCCGAAAUUCUCGUUCUCCCAAGAAGGCUGGUCAUACUUAAGCAAUACAAAGUAUUACUUACGAUUCUGAAUUCAUACAUCAGCGAGACUCGCGCCCUCAAACCUGUCAUCACCUUUUAUCGAGGAAUUGCAUACUCUGGAACAGAUCAUCCUGUAAAGGCACUGAAUGCUUUCCAAUCAUGUCUGGAUGCUUUCACUGAAGGAAAUGUUCCUCUUCGAAAAGCAGUGUACUACCUUCUUCCAAAACGUUUCGCUGUUACGAAGGGCAAAGAUCCAUUAGAACAACUGACUGCGUCUGAAUUCUUCUUAACUGUGGUUCGAUUCCUCCAAGAACAUGGGCAUGCAGAAGAAGUUUGUUCAGUUUCAAUGAGGGCGAUUGAAAGCCUUCCAAUUGAGAACGAAAGUGUGCAAGUGAUUUCCAACACGCUUUUCAAUCAUCUGACUAAUCGGAGAGAAUGGUUCCAAGCUCUGAAACUGAUACUGAAGACCACGCUGCGAGCCGAGACUAGAAGAGCCUCGAUCUGUGAACUACUCACUUUGAUGCUCGCAGUCGGAGAAUGGGAGACAAUUGCAACAAUGAAGUUUGGAGUUCAUGAGCAAAUUGUGGAAGACUUUCUCAGAGAUGCCGCUUGUCGUCAAUCACCAGCAGACAAGAAACAUUAUUUCGAGCUUCUCUACGCAUUCUACAUGGCUAGAAAGGAUUUCAGAAAAGGAGCGUGUGCCAUGUAUGAGUACGCACGACACAUUGAAACAGCAGCUUGCAUGACACCGGAACUUUUGCGCAGAAGACGUGAUUGUCUUGCCGCUGUUCUGAAUUUACAAUCCGUUCUUAGUAUCGAGCCAGAAGGUGAGACUCAGCCAUUAUGUUGUUCUAAUGAUUUUGUAGUUAAUACAGAUUCCGGUGCUAUAUACGACGACUACACUGAUACAAAUUUGGUAUUCCCUAUUCCUUCGGAUGAUGAGACCGAGACGGAGACAGACUCUUCUGAAGACGCUAGUAACCAGCCAGACGAAACCGUUUCUUCACAUAAAAAUCCACGGUCAGGUGCGACUACCACAGGCACAUCAUCAUCUUCCGGAUCGUCUCCCGAAAAUUAUCAGAGAAGAGCCUCACAAGGUACAAGCUGUUCCGGAAGAACGUCAGAUUCUGCAAUGAUCAGGUCAAGAAAGCUGAAUUAUGCAAUGGGAAGUGACACUGAUAUGGACACAGAUGGUGAGCAGAUGCCGAGACUUCCGUUGAAUAAAAGGAGGAAACUAUUGGUUUUGAGCGAGAAAGACAUUCGUGAUGAGUGGGUAUUGUGCUCCGCCCGUGUGGGUCUUCUCGCAUCGGGCGAAUUUAAAGGAGUGCCUCCUACAGAUGUCGAAGACUUGUUUGCACUGUUAGUGGAUACACUACACUUUGAUGACGCUUUCGAUAUUGCGAGACAAUUCCAUCUGGACGCUCGUAAGCUAUUUUUCACUGUCACACGCGAAGCGAUUCUGAUCGAUGCACUCCGUGAUGAUCUUAAUAUCGAAAUGGCUUCGACACAUCAAGCAGGUUGGGUUCGUCUCAACAGAAGACACUGCUUAUCCGUGGCCACCGCCGAAGAUCACUGGGCUGUUGUUCGAGGCUUAGUUGAUGCUGCUCUCGCUGAAUGGCCUGGAGAUUCGCGACCACUUCGAGGAUCAGCAGAGGCUUUCUUGAGCUAUAAAGUCGGAGUGCCAUACUGGCUUCACAAUGUCUAUGAGAAGAAGGAUGCAAACGACUAUUUGAGAUGUCUUGUCGACUACGAAAGUUAUGCAAUCGCUCUUCAAGUUCUCGAAGAUAUUGUUGAACACGAGACACUACAAGUAUCCCAACCAAACGCCCGCACCUGGUUGCCAUACGGAGUUAUCGACGAAUUGAUGAUCAGCAGUGCCGAUUAUGUUCGAAAAAUGAGUAUGAAAACACCAGAGGAUCAAGUAUUGGCUGCGGAUGUGGCCAACCUGAGACAGAAGGCUGAUAAGAAACUCAUGACAUAUUUCCGAAAAGUUUCCGAUUUCGAGCAGGCACAAAAAAUGUCGUCUCGGUUUUUCGAUAAGUGA